GGCAAAAUAGGCUGCAGCCAAAGGAAAGGAGAAGAAAAGAGAGAAAACCAAACUAAACCAAACCAAACCAACGCGUAGUCGCACAGCCACAGCCUCUCUCUCCCUCUCUCUCUCCCUCCCUCGCCUAAAAUAAAUAAAUAAAAUAAAAAGCCUUCUCUUUUCCCUUCCUUUGUGGUUUGUUUCUCUCAAGUUUUUGUUUUUUCUUCUUUUUCUUCCCCUAUCUUCAAUCUCAUCGUAGCAGAUUCGCUCUCUUUCUAUCUCGAUCCACAAACUGGCAACCAUGAGCGACGAGGGAGAAAGGACUUGCCCACUUUGCGCUGAGGAGAUGGAUUUAACUGAUCAGCAAUUAAAGCCUUGCAAAUGUGGUUAUGAGAUAUGUGUUUGGUGCUGGCAUCACAUAAUGGACAUGGCGGAGAAGGAUGACACAGAAGGGAGGUGUCCAGCAUGCCGCCUUCCUUAUGACAAGAAGAAGAUUGUGGGGACGGCUGGAGACUGCGAGAGAUUGGUGGCUGAAAUCAAUAUGGAGCGAAAGAAGUCACAUAAGGCAAAGACAAAACCAUCUGAAGGAAGGAAGCAACUGAGUAGUGUUAGAGUGAUCCAACGGAAUCUGGUGUACAUAGUUGGGUUGCCUCUUAAUCUGGCAGAUGAAGAUCUUCUGCAGCACAAAGAGUAUUUUGGUCAAUACGGGAAGGUUCUAAAAGUCUCUAUGUCUCGAACAGCAGCUGGUGUUAUUCAACAGUUUCCAAACAAUACUUGUAGUGUAUAUAUAACUUACUCCAAGGAGGAAGAAGCUAUUCGGUGUAUUCAGUCUGUACAUGGUUUUGUCUUGGAUGGUAGAUCUUUAAAGGCGUGCUUUGGAACUACAAAGUAUUGUCAUGCAUGGCUGAGAAAUGUGCCUUGCACAAAUCCUGAUUGUCUAUAUUUGCACGAGAUUGGUUCUCAAGAAGAUAGUUUUACAAAAGAUGAGAUCAUAUCAGCAUACACAAGGAGUAGAGUUCAACAAAUUACCGGUGCACCAAGCAGUCCGUUGUGGCGUUCAGGGAGUAUGUUGCCUCCACCUGCAGAUGAUUACUGUAACAGUAGUUCUGCUUCUGCAGCAAAACCAGUUGUGAAAAAUGCAUCAGAUAAUAUAAUGAGUAAUGACCAAGGUUCACCUCCAACUGGAAGCGCUGGUAGAUCUAUGGCACUCCCUGCUGCAGCGUCAUGGGGAACGCGUGCUUCAAACCAGCCUCAAGCAACAAGCUUGACACAGUCUAAUGGACCAAUAAGGCUUAAACCAGACACAGCUAGUGGCAUGGUAGCUUUCUCUUCUGCAGUUGCAAGCACAAGUCAGGGUUCUAUGUUGCAGAAUGAUGUGGGUAGAAAGGUUGCAUGUGAUGAAGAAAGCCAAUCUAUGAAUGGAAAAGGUAAAUUAGAUUUGAAAUCUGCAAAACACCAUGUGAGCUUGGAUAGCCAAGCCACUGCUCCCGAGAAACCAGCUAUACAUGAUGCUACUGCUACUGUAACUUUAAGUAACCAGUCUUCUUGUCCACUGCCAUCCGUGUACAAUGGCUGGGACUCAGAUGUGCUGCCAAAUAUUACAAAGUCCUUUGAUGGAACUCAACAAUCUCCUGAAUCUGAAAAGGAAGGCUUUGCUAUACCUAAUGGAAACUUUCAGAACUCAUUGCCUGACAUCUCUUCAAUGAAGGUUGAUAGUAAUAUCAGAAGUGAACUUUCUGGUGUAACUAGAACUAGUUCAUUUUCAGAUGGGAGUAUGAUUAAAUCACCUGGAAAUCAAGGAUUGCAGCCUACAUAUGCUGAACAAUACUGUGAACCUACUUCACUAGCAGCAGAGAGAACUGGUGCAUUAGAAUAUGUGGUUUGUGCUUCAAGUGAACAAUUGGAUUGGAGAACAGAUCAACCGAUGCAUGCAAUUAGAAGCACUGUUUCUGAAGUAGAGGAGGAUAUAUUAGCGGUUGAGAGACCAUGUCUCAAGGACCCAGAGGAAGCGAGCCAUGAUACUUAUUUGCCGAAUUCAGCUCAUUUACCUCAUAUACCAAAUCAUUAUAGAUCUAGUUCUUUGCAACACACUGAGUCUUUUGGGGCUGCUAGUUUAAAUUCCGAUUCUCAAUAUGCAGAUACUAGAGUCAGUGAUCUUUCACUUCUACAUUCAUCUAGUAACUGUGUCACAUCAAAUGGUUACCCUGAGAAAUCAGUCAGCAGUUCUGCUUGUUCAGAUAGAAACAUAGAGCGCUCAUUUUCUCUCUUGAAUGGAGUGGAAGGGAAGAACAUGGGCAGAUCACUGGGUGAUGCUGAUAGCAAUGGUGCUCUGGAUGUGGGUGAGAGCAGCAUUAUUUCAAAUAUAUUAUCACUAGAUCUAGAUGCCUGGGAUAACUCGUUAACAUCACCUCAGAAUUUGGCCAAGUUGUUGAGUGAAACAGACAAACAGCCUAGUUCUCUCAAAAUGUCAAGUAACUGGAAGGUACAAAAUAAUAACAACCAGUCUAGAUUUUCCUUUGCAAGACAGGAGGAGUUGAGAAGUCAAACACUGGGUGUCGAUCCAUCUCUUAAUGUAUUUGGGAAGUUGUCAAAUAACUAUACAUCCAACCAGGAUUUUGGUGAAAAUAGAAAUUCAUAUUUGGAAAAGCUUGGGAUUGGUAAUAGUUUUUCAUCCAGCAUUUUCGAAGAACCUGAAAAUUUUACCUUCAGUCCUUCAACUUUCUCUUCUAACAGGCCUCCUAUUUCAAGAUCUCAAAUUUCUGCCCCACCUGGAUUCUCUGUGCCAAGCAGAGCACCACCUCCAGGCUUUUCUUCUCACGAAAGAAUGGAACAGAGUUUUGACAUUAUAUCUGGGAAUCAUUUGCUUGACUCAUCUUCCUUUCUGAGAAAUUCAUUUCAGUCACCACCAACUGGCAAUGCUGGUAGUGCUGGAGAAAUUGAAUUUAUGGAUCCUGCAAUUUUGGCUGUUGGAAAAGGGAGACUUCAGGGUGGGCUUAACAAUCUAGGAGUGGACAUGAGAUCAAAUUUUCCACAACAAUUGCAUCAUUUUGAUAACGAGGCAAGACUUCAACUACUAAUGCAAAGAUCUCUGCCCCCACACCAGAACACAAGAUAUGCUGACACUGGGGAUAGCUUUUCUUCUCUCAAUGAUUCUUUUGGCAUUUCGUCAAGGCUUGUGGAUCAAUCACAAAUCAGUGGUUUAUCCCCUUAUGCUCAGCUGUCCUUACAGCAGUCGAGGAAUGGGCUUAUGCCAAAUGGGCGUUGGGAUGGCUGGAAUGAGAUUCAGGGUGGCAACAGUAUGCAUAUGACAGAGCUUCUCAGGAAUGAGAGAGUGGGAUUCAAUAAGUUUUACACUUCUGGUUAUGAGGAUUCAAAAUUUCGGAUGCCCAGCUCAGAUGACUUGUAUAACAGAACGUUUGAGAUGUGAGUUUUGUCGUGGCGGCCUUUUUAACCUUGUUAUCAAGGGUCAACCAAGAAAAAAGAGAUUUGUGUGUUUAUGCUGGUUUGUACUGAAGGAUGAGACUGACUCGUAAUUGGCCUCAUUAAGCAGCCUGAUGAAAGAUCACCUCCCAAAAUCCAGGUCUUGAAGGCAGCAGGAGAACUGAAGCCGCAAACUUCAUAUCAUACAAAGAUGUGCAGUCGGAGUGCUGUACAUUGUUGAACUGUCAGGUUGAUCCUCCAGGAGGUCUCUAGUGUCUCUUAUUUACUGGAAUUAGUCAAGUUUAGUUGCGGAACUCGCGACUAAAUAGAAGAAGUUUGGAUUUUUUUUUUUAAUUUUUUUUUUAUACUCCCUCUAGAAAUCUAUACAUUUUCCAUCAAAAAGUUUGUUGGAAACGGUUUUUUGAGGCGUUUUUCUCAAAACAAUGCUUAAAUGAGUGGUUUUCCAAUAAGCUGAUA